GCUGCUUCCAAUUUGGAGUCUCUCUCUCUCUCUCUUUCUCUCUCUCUCUCUCUCUCAUAUGGACGACUUGUUUGGGUCUUCUCUCCUUAUGCAAGUAUUAUUUUACCCACAACUGGGUGGUCCAACUCAACAGAACACCAUGAAAGAAUUUGAUUUUCAUCCGUGUGUUUCUAUUGAGUAUGUCAUAUUUGAAUUCGAGCAAAGGGUCCACUUCAUUAACAUAUUAUUAUUAAUGUUAACUUCCAACUAUUUAUCAUACUCAGUCAACUACCAAUUUUUAUCUUCCUUCGUUUGUUUCGCUUCCAUAUCUUCCAUUUUCAUGUCCGCUGACUUUUACCCAUUCAAUUUCUCCCCCAAAAAACCUCUGCCAAUCGUCCAAAUCUCUCAUUCGUUCUUCCAUUUCAACUGGGUAGUUCUUGCAUUUGCAUGUUAAGGUACCACCCACCAGGUAUUCGAUCAUUUUCCUCUUCACAGGAAGAGCUACCCCAGAUUUUGAUCACCAUCAAAUCAAAAUCCAGGUUUUUGUCAAUUUUUGAUUUUGUUUUCUUUUUAUGUAUUUGGAGGAGUAAUCUUUUGAUGGGCUGUGGUUGUUUUAUCAAUUUUCAUUACUGUUAAAUACAUCUUGUUGGGUAGUUUGAGACACAAGAGUAGAUAAGGAAUUCAAUCUGUUUUUUUGGGGGGGAAAUUUACUGAGGAGUGUUCUUAUAUGGCUUAUUCUGUUUAUGGUGAUUCGUGGUCUGAUGAAGGUUCACACCAUGGACAGGGUGUACAACAAGUGCCAUUUAAGACCUCAAAUGCAUCUUUAAAGGUUUUAAUGCUACAUGGAAAUUUAGAUAUUUGUAUCAAAGAGGCUAACAACCUCCCUAACAUGGAUUCGUUGCACAAGAAAGUAGGGGAAUUGUUUAGGAAAUUCCCGGGAAAUGUUAGCAACAAAAUUGAAGGGAAUGUGAGUCGUAAGAUGACAACUGAUCCAUAUGUCACAAUUUCAAUCUCCAAUGCUGUUAUUGGAAGGACUUUUGUGAUUAGUAAUAAUGAGAACCCGGUUUGGAUGCAACAUUUUAAUGUUCCCGUUGCACAUUAUGCUGCGGAGGUGCACUUUGUUGUUAAAGACAAUGAUGUUGUGGGCUCUCAAAUUAUAGGUGCUGUUGGGAUACCAGUGGAGCAACUUUGGUCAGGCACAAAACUUGAAGGUACCUUUCCAGUUGUUAAUGAGAGCGGUAAGCCGUGCAAGUCUGGAGCUGUCUUGACUUUAUCAAUUCAAUACAUAUCAAUAGAGAAAAUCACACUUUACCAUAGUACGGUAGGGUCACACACUGAAAAUCAUGGAGUACCUGGUACAUAUUUUCCCCUUAGGAGAGGUGGAAAGGUUAGACUUUAUCAAGAUGCCCAUGGUGGUUGCCUUCCAAAUUUGAGACUUGACCAUAACAUAAAAUACGAGCAAGGGAAUUGUUGGCGUGACAUUUUUGAUGCAAUUAGUCAGGCCCGUCGGUUAAUAUACAUUACAGGGUGGUCUUUGUCCUACAAUAUUAGUCUUGUUCGGGAUAAUGAUAAUGCAUCAAAAUUCAGUCUAGGGGAACUUCUCAAAACCAAGUCACAAGAAGGUGUGAGGGUACUGCUCCUUGUAUGGGAUGAUCCUACUUCUCAGAGCAUUUUGGGUUAUCAUAAGGAUGGGGUAAUGCAUACCGGUGAUGAGGAGACUCGGAAGUUCUUCAAGCAUUCUUCAGUGCAAGUUUUGCUUUGUCCCCGAUCUUCUGGAAAAGGAUAUAGCUGGGUCAAAAAGCAGGAAGCAGGAACAAUCUACACCCAUCAUCAGAAAACUGUGAUUGUGGAUGCUGAUGCAGGUCAUUAUAAGAGGAAGAUCAUAGCAUUUGUUGGGGGUCUUGAUUUAUGCAAUGGGAGAUAUGACACUCCCAAACAUCCUAUCUUUCGGACAUUACAAACUGUGCACAAAGAUGACUAUCAUAAUCCUACUUUCACGGGGCCUGUUGCUGGUUGUCCAAGAGAACCGUGGCAUGACUUACACUGUCAAAUUGAUGGUCCAGCAGCAUAUGACAUCCUCACCAACUUUGAGGAGCGUUGGUUAAGGGCUUCAAAGCCUCAUGGGCUUCAAAAAAUGACAAAGUCGCAUGAUGAUUCAUUACUCAUAAUUGAUAGAAUUCCCGACAUCAUUGGAAUUACAGAUGUGUCUUGCCUAAAUGAGGAUGGUCCAGAAGCUUGGCAUGUCCAGGUUUUUCGUUCAAUUGAUUCCAAUUCUGUUAAGGGGUUUCCAAAAGACCCAAAAGACGCCACAAGCAGGAACCUGGUAUGUGGGAAGAAUGUCCUGAUAGACAUGAGUAUACAUACUGCAUAUGUAAAGGCAAUCCGUGCUGCCCAACAUUUCAUUUACAUUGAGAACCAGUACUUCCUUGGGUCAUCAUACAAUUGGACUAACCACAGAGACUUAGGUGCAAACAAUUUAAUACCAAUGGAAAUUGCUCUCAAAAUUGCAAAUAAAAUCAGAGCAAAGGAGAGAUUUUCUGCAUAUAUUGUCAUCCCAAUGUGGCCGGAGGGUGUCCCUACAGGUGCUCCGACUCAAAGGAUUCUUCUGUGGCAGCAUAAUACAAUGCAAAUGAUGUAUGAAGAAAUUUACAAGGCUUUGGAAGAGGUAGGGCUUGAGAAGAAAUAUGAACCUCAAGAUUAUUUGAAUUUCUUCUGCCUUGGCAAUCGUGAGGCUCAAGAUAGGGAAGACAGUUCAGAUGCAGGAAAUGCUACUACCAAAAACCAUUCUCAAGAACUGACACGAAAAAACCGACGCUUUAUGAUCUACGUCCAUUCAAAAGGAAUGAUUGUUGAUGAUGAGUAUGUGAUACUCGGGUCUGCAAACAUCAAUCAACGUUCCUUGGAGGGCACUAGAGACACGGAGAUUGCGAUGGGUGCGUAUCAGCCUCACUAUACUUGGGCAAGCAAACACUCUACUCCACGUGGGCAGGUCCAUGGGUAUAGAAUGUCACUGUGGGCAGAGCAUAUCGGUGCUCUUGAGGAAUUUUUUAAGCAUCCUGAGAGCCUUGAAUGCGUAAGGAGGGUAAGAUCACUGAGCGAGUUGAACUGGAAACAAUAUGCUGCCGAUGAAGUUACAGAAAUGAAGGGUCACCUUCUCAAGUACCCGGUUGAAGUUGAUCAAAUGGGAAAGGUGAAGCCUAUUCCUGGUUGCGAAACAUUUCCAGAUGUGGGUGGGAACAUCGUUGGGAGUCUUGGGCCUAUUAACAUAAAAGAAAAUCUCACAAUCUGAUCAAAUCAAGCUUUCCCUAGCCACCUACCUUUUAUCAGUCAUCCACUUUGUAUAAGAAUCUAAUAUAGACUAAACUUCACUAGACGUGUGUCUAAUCCAGAUCUGAUUGAAUUGUUAGUUUUUGUUUUUAGUUUUAUUUUUUGUUUUGGGGGGACCA